AUGAGACCAUCUGAUGCUCCUCCCAAAGCAUGCGAGUCAUGGUGUGGAAACCAAGUCAGCAAGAAUCUGCCAGAGCUCGGCAUUCACUCCGCCCGAAUCGGCUGCGGAUUCACACGAUUAGCCGAAUUGCCUGGGCACGGUCAUCUAGAUCGGAUGGCGGACUCAAAGGGUGAAGUCACGCUGUCUACUGGGACGGUGGCAGACCACAUCUCGGACUCAGCACCGAAGGAACCACCCCCGCAAACGCCCAAGAAUGAAGGGACCCCUGAGCCCACCCAUCCCAAAUGGCACUACAUCGCCAUCGUCGCCGCCGCCUGCCUCAUCAUGAUGACGACCUGCUCAUUCGUCUUCGCCUUCGGGGUGUACCAGUCGUUGUACGAGGAGAUGGCCGCACAGCCCAACACCCCGUUCACGGGCACCUCGACGGCGCUAAUCGACCUGAUCGGCACGCUGGCCAUCGCGCUGAUGUCCAUGGCCGGGCCGUACGCCACCUCGUGGUCGAAGCACUUCUCCCCCCAGGCCGUCAUCAUCGCCGGCGGCUGGGUGUUCGGCGUGGCGUACAUCCUGGCCAGCUUCAGCAAGACGCUGUGGCAGUUCGCUUUGACGCAGGGCCUGCUGCUCGGCGUGGGCUGCUGUCUCGCCUACGUCCCGACCAUGUCCGUCGCCCCGACCUGGUUCAGCGCCCGUCGCGGCCUUGCCAUGGGGGUGAUCAUCUCCGGCACGGGCAUCGGGGGGAUGAUGUGGCCGCCGGUCCUGCGGGCGAUGAUCUCGCACAUCGGAUUCCGGAACGCCCUGCGCGUUUCGGGGUGUGUAGCGACCACGAUUGUCAGCGCGGCGGGGGCCCUCCUGCGCUGGGAACCGCGCUUCCAUGAGAAACUCAAGCAACAACAACAACAAUCGCCUCCGACCGGCAAGAAAUACCUCCGCCUCCUCUUCAUCCCACUCAUCGACCGCCGCACCGCCCUCUCCGCGCGUUUCCUCGCGCAAGCGGCCGGGUGCUUCCUGCAAUCCGCCGCGUACAGCACCCCGCUCUUCUUCUACGUCUCCUUCGCCCAGACCCUGGGCUACAGCGCAUCCACCGCCGCGACCUUCCUGACAAUCAGCAACGCCUCCAACUUCCUCUCGCGCAUCGUCCUGGGCUACCUGGCCGACAAACUCGGGCGGAUCAACGCGCUCGCCGUGACCACCCUGCUGAGCGCCCUGUCCGUGUUCGCGUUCUGGUUCCCGGCCACGUUCGCCGCGGACAAGGGGGUGUCCACUCCGGCCGCGCGGGGAUGUUUCAUCGUCUUCACCGUGCUGUACGGCUCGUUCGCGAGCGCGUAUAUCUCGUUGUUCCCGGCCUCCCUGGUGGAGGUGUUCGGGGUGGAGCGGUUCACGAGCGUGAAUGGGGUGUUGUAUCUGAUCCGCGGCAUGGGGGCGUUGAUCGGCACCCCGUUGGUGGGGAUGUUGAUUCCGGAGCGCACCGCCUUGGUGUUGCCGCAGACGUAUCGGCGGGCGGCGGGGGUGGUUGGAGGGUUGUUGCUGGCCGCGGCGGGGGCGUGUUUCUGGGUGCGGUGGGAGAUGAGGAAUGGACGAUGGAGGGUUUAG